AUGGCCGCCAACAAGCAAGGCAAGAUGGCCAACCUCAUCAACUACCGGAUGAGAGUUACCCUGAACGAUGGUCGCCAGAUGACCGGUCAGAUGCUGGCCUUCGAUAAGCACAUGAACCUUGUUCUCGCCGACACAGAAGAGUUCCGCCGUAUCAAGCGGAAAUCCAAGGCCGCCCCCGGCUCCACUGCCACCCCGCAGGUCGAAGCGGAGGAGAAGCGAACCCUCGGUCUGACCAUCGUGCGCGGCGCCCAGGUCGUUUCCUGCUCUGUCGACGGUCCCCCUCCUGCCGACCCCUCUGCCCGUCUCGGUAACGCUCCCGGUCUUGGCCCCGCUGCCACUCUCGCUGCCGGCCCUGGUGUCAGCAAGCCCGCUGGUCGUGGCCUGCCCAUUGGACUCGGUGGUCCUGCUGCUGGUGUCGGUGGCCCGCCUCCUCCCGGUGGCUUCGGUGGUUUCCCUCCGGGAGGCUUCCCUGGUGCGCCCCCUCCAGGAUUCGCUGGUCGUGGAGGACCCCCAGGUGGACCUCCUGGCUUUGCUCCCCCUCCUGGUUUCGUUCCCCCCGGUGCUCCUCCGGGUGCUUUCCAACCUCCUCCCGGCUUCCAGCCCCCUGGACAGGGACGAGGAUACCCCCCACCAGGCUUCGGUGGCAGAUGA